UUCAACUUAGGUUGAAGAGAGUGUGUGUGUGUGUAUCGGUGGCUCCCUCUUUUAAUCUCGUUACCGGGUUUUAUUAUUUUCUUUUUAAAUUAUUUUUAUAUAUGUAUACUCUCGUUUUUAAUAACGAGAAUCAAGAUGGCGGCGCUCGAAGGAUUACAGAAGAGGAUCACGCAAGAAUUGGAAAAAUAUAAGACGAUUCAAAAGGAUUUUCAAAAAACUUAUUCUUUAAGACAACAGUUAGAUGCCCAGUUAAAUGAAAAUAAUGUUGUUAAAGAGGAAAUGGAACUUCUAGAGUCCGAUUCUAAUGUUUAUAAACUUACUGGACCAAUUCUAAUUAAACAAGAUUUGGAUGAAGCUAAACAAAAUGUCAGUAAAAGAAUAGAAUAUAUUACCAGUGAACUGAAAAGACAUGAUUCAACUUUACAAGAAUUAGAAAAGAAACAGGAUAACCAAAGGGAAGUGAUUAAUAAAUUGCAACAGCAAUUCCAACAGGCGCAAGUUAAAGCGGCUAUGAAAGCAUAAUAAACCUCUUGCGAGAUUUGGUAUAUUUAUUGCAACAUUGUUUUUUUUUUUUAAAUAGCAAUUUUACAGUUUUAAUAAAAUUAUUACAUUGAUUUGCAAAGAUUUUCUAUACUUAAAAAUAUUAAUGUUUAUACACAACCAUAAUUAUCAGUUUAAUAAAAUAUUUUUAACAUUAACUAUUUAGUAUAAUACAGUUUGUUUGUAUCACAAAAACAUUAUUAAUAAUUUUAUUUAUUAUGCUAAUGAAUGACACGAUAAAAGAUGUAUUACUACUUAUUAAUAAAAUAAAUCAAUAUAUAUGUUUUUCUUUGAAA